AGCACUUGUGUGUUUGUCAGAGUGAAAUCCGAGGGAGAGGAGCCGCCAUUUUCUCAGCCGUCUCUCCCUAAAACCAGAGAAAAAGUCUCGCCCUUAAUUGCCAUCUGGACUACAUUUUCGGCUCCGAAUGUCGGAUUUUAACACCGAGGAUUGUUCCGGAACUACUCGCAUGUGAACAAAGUCCGUCUGGAUCAGGGUGUUUCUCGGCCUGGUCUCGUAUUCGUCGGAGCGGCGAGGCGAGCUAGCCGCCGAGCAAGGUGUAGAUCGUUGAUUCGUCCAUUGCCUGAUUCCGGAACGAACCCGGGCGACGCGGCGAGUAACGCCGUUCUCCUAUUCCACCAUCCUACGAGCGGGAGUUUUUACUGGAUUAAUUAAUGGCCUAACAAUAGGGUGACGGUUAUUCCUUCGUUGUUUAUUUCCCAACGAAACUACAGGGAUUGUUGCCCAAAUUCCCUCGGAUAGUGCAACCUCGUCACGUGGCUGUCCUCUGGCGGGGCAGUAAGCGGGUGGUGUGGAGCAGGCCGCGGUGCCCGUCUCUCUGCACUGCAUGGCUGCGAUGGCGCCCGCUCUCACUGACGCCCCAGCCGAAGCUCAUCACAUCCGCUUCAAACUGGCUGCCCCGUCUUCAAGUCUCUCACCGGCCAGUGCAGAGAACAACGGUAACGCUAGCAACAUCCUUAUCCACAGCAGCAACCCUGCAAAGUGCAAGGCCGGCUCUGACGAGUGUCCACUGGACUUCUGUGGCGGCGACCAGGAUCAGCAACAGCCUUCCCAGACCGAUUCGGUGGCCCAGGCCUCGGCCCUUGGAAAACUCCAACCGCUGGUCGCUUCCUACCUACGCUCUGAUGUGACACCAGUUUCCUCAACCAAGGAGUCAAUCAAGCUGCAAGGGGUCCUCAUCAAACAGUCUGUUUUAAAAGGACACAGAAUCCUGCCUGGUGCCCUACUCAACGGCGGGGGAGACUUCCUUUUAAGGAAGAGGCACGCAAUAGAAAUCUCUGGUGGCCAGCUGAAAAGCCUCAUGAGUGGCAGCACCAACGGAGGAGGCCAACCUAUGGCACCAGUCAACGGCCUGGCCAAGAAGUUGGCCACUAUGUCAGGCUCUAGCUGCGUGGUAGCAGUUAACGGAGAUAAACCCUCUGCCACCUCAGACUCCCAAACCCAGAACAUGUCCUUGGAUUCUGAGGUGUUAUCGUCUCAUAUACCAGUAACGGGAACAGUGAAACAGAAACAUUCCUCUGGGCUUUCUCAAAAUACAGAUGGAACAAUCAUUGACCCUACGGUGCUGCAGUCAGUGCCACAUUCACCCUUUACCCACAACUGCUCAAACCCCACUGUUGACUUAAAAGAUGGUGACUCACACACGACUACUAGUCAGACACAAACUGCUGACCAAGAGGGACACGAUGGCACCCAGCAGGACUCCCCAUCCUGCAUAUCUGCCCCAGAGACCUCAGUACCCUGCACCUCAUCUUUGGACAGCCUUGAAGCCCAUGUUAGGGAGCGAACUGCUCUUAACAGUACCCGCCAGGUCGAAAUUGAAAGCCGGCUGCGGCGGCUUCGCAAACGUCUUCAGGUGGUCCAGGCCAAGCAGGUUGAGCGGCACAUUCAACAGCAGCUCGGUGGUUUUCUUGACUCAGCCCUCAGCCGGCUUCUCGCAGGUAAUCGGAAGGAUUCUUCAUCCUCUGCAGCUUCGUGGAGAUCUGGGCGUCACUCUUCAAACAACAGAGAUAGCCUUGUUCGGUUUCUGAAGAAUGGCUCCAUGCCCUUGGAGCUAGAGAGGCUGUAUCUAAGUGGCUCGGCCAACCUCCAGUCAGCCGAGAGCGCCUUUGACUCAGAUGUGACAGAGAGCAGCUCUGGAGGGGACUCUGACCUGGAAGAGGAGGAGUUGACCAGGGUGGACGUUGAACAGAGGCACGUCAAAAUUUGGAAGCGAGCAGAGAGCCGCUACACAGUGGAGAGAGCAGCAAUCAUAAGUCACUGGAACUGGCUCCAGGCCCACAUCUCGGAUUUGGAGUACCGCAUCCGUCAGCAGACUGACAUCUACAGGCAAAUUCGAACUAGCAAGGGCUCAGUAGAAUUGGGAGGGGUUCCCCCGACUGUGACAUCAGGACCUGGACCGGAAGUUAAGGCAGAAUCCAUUAAUACUCAGGAUGUUGCUGCUGAACGGCUGGAACUGCCGGCAAGCUCCACCCCCAUCACCAGCUCAGAGGCGGGACUUUGGAAGGGACAGAAUGGGCCACCAGUCAAUGGUGUUCUCAGCAAGAUUUCAGAGAGUACAGACACCAAACAUCAGCAGUCCAGCUAUGACCGCUCAUGUGUAGCUGCACGCACUCGCCCGCUGGUCAGUUGCAGACGACGCCGGCUAAUUCAGCCCAACUCUGUUCCCAACCUGAAUGGCAAGCAGGCUCAGAGAGUCGCCUGUGUCCAGUGUACCUGCCGGGUGAAUUCCAGCUGUGUGAUGUGUGGUGGCCGGCCCACCCCCAGAGAAGACCCCCAGUUUGAAUUGCCCAACCUGGAGCGCCUGUCAAGGCUGGAUCUUGGCGUCCACCCAAUUCUCUCCUUCCCUGACGACGUCUGUAUUGGCCUGCGACUGCAGCAGGUGAUGAAGAGCCAGUGGCAAAACAAGUCACUGGAGCGGACUAAACCACUGAAGAAGCUCUCCCUCAAACACAAACUGUCAUCAUCCAAAGAGAAGCACAAGUUCACCAGCUCACUCAUGGCAGUUCGACUGGGUCACUUUAAGAACCGGACAGAGAAGCUGAGGACGGUAGACGGCAGUAUGGCCAGCAACUCUUCUGUGCUCAACACCUCCAGAUUGGAGGGUCAGUCAGGAUGCAAGACGGAGCGGCUGCCGUCUGUCUCGCCCUCUCUGGGACCGUACGACCGGAACUACAACCGCAAGAGAUACAGAGAUUCGCUGGAUCGCUCUGACUCAGCCUCUCCCAAACUCCUCCUGGACUCCAGCAGCUCCUGCACCAAUCUGGCCAACAUGCACUCGUCUCUCAACAGCCCGCUGACCCGCCAGCCAUCCUCUGAAGCCGCAGCUGUCCUUGGCCUUGGCAGCCAGAGCCUCUCUUGCACACCUCAGCAGCCAAUCAAGAGGCGACGAGGCGAAAGCUCCUUCGACAUCAACAACAUUGUCAUCCCAAUGUCAGUGGCUGCAACCACCCGCGUGGAGAAGCUGCAGUACAAGGAGAUCCUCACUCCCAGCUGGCGAAUGGUGGAUGUCUUCUCCCAGCCAAUCACAGAAGAGGAGAAUGAACGAGACGUGGAGGAUCUGACCGACGCCGCCUUCGUCCAACUCCAUCAGCCAUACGAGGACCAGGAACGUUCCCGCUGGACCUGGAUGGCUCUGGCCCCUGCCAAACGGAGGGGCAGCAGGUCGUACAAGUCAGUGGACGGUCGCACCACUCCACUGCUCUGUGGGACGAACCCCUCCACCCCUCAGCCCGCAUCACCUGACCCUGGCCACUGCCCGUUGCUGCACGACUACAGCCACGUGCCCUCUCCCAUGAGCCCAGCCAGCCCCGACAACACCUCCAACCCCCACACGCCUUGCUCAAGAGACUCUCACCGGCUGCUGUCUAGUGAGGACACGCGCUGCUCCACGCCGGACUUCACCUUUGAGGAAAGGACUGUGGCACCAUGGGAACGCCGUAGUUUCCCAAUGCCCGAGGACCCGGUCCUGGAGCCUGAGUCGGACAGUGAACACAAUCGGCCCCGGAUUCGCAGCAUCUCAGGUUGUCGAGCGACGGCUUACGGGAGACUGGACUCGGACGACUUGGAUCUGCAGUGCGAGGAUGACCUUGGCCCCAAACACAAGAGCUCCGCCCACCGAUGAAUGACUGACCGCUGGUGUGCGGCGCCUCCUGCUGAUGCGUGGCCGCUCGCCCUGUUUGAUAUUCAAACAUCAGUCGAUACUUUUCACAGUUUUUAGUGAAGAUGGAGAUAGAAGCCUUUCCCCCCCUCACGCGUUUUUGUCACAGGAAAAACAAAAGUGUAAAAAAAGUAAAUAAAUAAAACGUGCUAGAAAAAAAGAUGUGUGUAGUAGGCUAACGAUGUACACGGGGGCUUAGUGGUGUGUCGUACGUCGCGUGUCCACUGGUAGCGCACUAUGUAGCGACUCCUCAACAACACGGCCAAAGGGUGUUUUCUAUCCUCUAGUUUGCUUGUGAUUCCCUGUACAUUUUAGUGGCGUGACAAUAACAAACCGGAUCGUCUCCUCAUCCAAAUAAGCAGGUACAUUUGCGAUGUGGCGCCCCCUGUCUGCACCUCCAGGUCGCCUGAAGUCACCAGAGCACUUCUCCAACUGCCAAGUCUUGUUUCUUUGUCAGUUUAUUUUCAUUCCCUUUUCUGUUUGUUUUGUCUGUCCUGGCGUGUGUCUCCAAGAAGUGAAUCAUUCCUCCAUCGGCUCUUAGUUUGAUUUUUUUUUUUUUUUUUUUUUUUAAUCAUUUUGAGCACUUGCCCUAAGAGAGCGCUGCUGCAUGCUGACGCCGUCUCACCCUGAGACAACCACUAAUUUAAAAAUGAAGAAAUCUGCUUGUUUCUCAGAAGUAGAAAAAAAAAACACUUCAUCUAUCGACAAAACGUUCCCGCCGUAGCAGUGAACUCAGGUUCUUCAACCGAAGGGAAAAACGUUGAGGAGUUGAUUUCGUCGCCCCCUGUUGCCCCAGUAACUAAUCGCUAUGCAAAAAAAGAUGGUUGUUUUUCAUUUCUCUGCCGCAGCCGUUCAAUCACUGUCGUUUCUUUGGUAGUUCUGAUGUCAAUGUUUUCUUGUUGCUGCAGUUAUAACCCCAGUCAACCCAAACUGUUUUUUUUUUCUUUUGUUUUUUUUUUGUAAAUAGAACCAUUAAAACAUUUAUGUUUAACUCGGAUCACAGUGUCCCACUCUCUUUUUCAAUGCCCUUCGUUUUACAGACUGUAAUAAAUAAAAGCUUGACCAAAAUACUGUC